AUGGAAUGUCUGAAAUCAAAGCUUUCAACUUUUAAAAAUGUAAAGCACAAUUAUUCCUACCGCCAAUGGCGAUCCCUCUUCUUGGGCUUGCAAGAACGGGAGCCUUGUCACCCAAUUGAAGCAAACACAUGCGUCUCACUCAUCAAGCAAUGCAUCACCCUCUUCUCACUCAAAUCAGUCCACGCAUCUAUGCUCAGAACUCACCUUCUUGACCACAACAUUUUCUUCCUCACCAACCUGGUUGCGCAGUACGCCUCCCUCGGUUGUGUUGCCAAUGCCUACUCGCUCUUCUCUUACUGGGUCUGCUCGGCUUCAUCGACAGAUGUCUUCCUUUGGAACGUUAUGGUCCGGGGCUUGGUGGAUAACGCGAACUACAAUCUAAGCUUACAACUUUAUGACCAAAUGCUGCGGCAACAGUCCUUUUUCCCGGACAAUUUUACGUUCCCUUUUGUUCUCAAGGCCUGUGCCUCACUGGGUGACCUUGAACUUGGUGUUAAGGUUCAUGGCCACGUUGUCCAAUUUGGGUGUGACUCUGAUGUCUUUGUUGGGAAUUCGCUUAUUACCAUGUACGGUAAGUGCGGAUGUGUUGGGGCUUCACGUAAAGUGUUUGACAAAAUGCCUGAAAGAAAUGUGGUUUCUUGGAGUGCUAUGAUAGGUGCUUAUGCACAGAAUGGAUGUUAUGAGGAUGGGCUGCGGCUGUUUUGGCAGAUGUUGGAUGAGAGAGUUAUACCCAAUAGAGUUGCCAUCUUGAAUGCAAUGGCAUGUGUUCAUAAAGAGAAUGAGGCUCCCCAUAUUUGCAGAGUUACCGUAGAUUAUGGCUUGAGUUUUGAUCAAUCUGUUCAAAAUGCAGCCAUGGGAAUGUUUGCGCGAUGUGGAAGAAUAGAUGUUGCUCGAAGGUACUUUGAUGGGAUCUUAGACAAGGAUUUGGUAUCAUGGUCAUCUAUGAUAGAAGCUUAUGCACAAUGUGAUUUACCUCUGGAAGCUCUUGAGCUUUUUAAGGAAAUGAAAUUAAAAUCCAUCACUACAGAUUCUGUAACUCUUCUAAGUGUGAUCAGAGCAUGCUCAAAUUUAUCAUCUUUUCUGCAGGCCAGAACAAUUCACUCUAUCAUAACUCGUGGCUACCGGCAAACUAAUAUGGCAGUAGAUACUGCUUUAGUGGAUCUCUAUGUAAAGUGUGGAAGCUUGCGAUACUCCAGAAGAGUUUUUGACAGGAUGCAUGAGAGAAAUAUAAUCUCAUGGGGUACCAUGAUUUCAGGAUACGGGAUGCACGGUCAUGGGAGAGAAGCACUUCAGCUCUUUGAUCAGAUGAAGGCAUCCUUCAAGCCAGACCACAUCGCAUUCGUAUCAGUAUUGUCGGCCUGCAGUCAUGGUGGCUUGAUUUCAGAAGGAUGGGCAUGCUUUAAUUCCAUGGUCAGUGAUUUUGCUGUCACACCAAGGCCUGAACAUUAUGCUUGUAUGGUUGAUCUUUUAGGUAGGGCUGGCAAACUAGAUGAAGCUUGCGAUUUUAUUGGGAAGAUGCCAAUAAAACCAGAUGCUGGUGUAUGGGGAGCACUGCUUGGAGCUUGUAGAAUUCAUUUGAAUGUAGAACUUGCUGAAAUGGCAGCAAAAUCAUUGUUUGAAUUGGAUCCGGCAAAUCCCGGUCGAUACGUUCUCUUGUCCAAUAUAUACUCAUUAUCUGGCAAAAGGAAAGAAGCUGAUAGGAUUAGAACUCUUAUGAAAGAAAGUGGGGUGAAGAAAAUCUCUGGCUACACUAUUAUAGAGAUAAAAAACAAGGUCUACACAUUUGUAUCUGGGGAUAGAUCACACCCACAAACAGAUCUUAUAUAUUUGGAGUUGGAGAAACUGAUGGGUAGAAUUCGACGUGCAGGGUAUACACUAGAUGUAAACUGUGUAUUGCAUGAUGUGGAGGAAGAAACAAAGGAGAAGAUGUUGUACGCCCACAGCGAGAAGCUGGCCAUUGUCUUUGGCCUCUUGAACUUAGGUCCAGAAACCACUAUCAGAAUUAUGAAGAAUCUUAGAGUUUGUGGUGAUUGUCAUACUGCUACAAAGUAUAUCUCUAAGGUUACGGAAAGGGAAAUUGUAGUUAGGGAUGCCCAUAGAUUCCAUCAUUUUAAGGAUGGGAGAUGCUCUUGUGGGGACUAUUGGUAAAGCAAGGAUUCUCUUAUGCUGGUGUCCUUAUUUCUUGUUAAAUUACGGACUUUCAUCUCAGCUGUUGGAUCUAACCAACGGUAAAACUUGCAUUUUACCCGUAUAAGACCAAGGCAUAAUGCGAGAGGGCGACAUGAAGUGACAUUCCAGCGAGAGCGACGCCUGGAGUUAUACCUGUGGUGUAGAGUCCAUAUCAUGUGGUGUCUUAUCUCAAUGUUGUGUAGAUGGAUCUGCUGGCGUAUUAAGCUUGAUAUUCAGGCGGAUCCACAAGAACGGAAGUGACUCAAAACCUACUAAUUUGGGGAGAGAGGGAUUCCUGGAAACAUCGUAGAUAGGGAGCGGGGCACCUGGUUUCGUCCUGGAAAAUAUGUUGUGAUGGGAAAGGAUCACACCCUUUAUGCUCUCAAGUAAGGAAAUGUCAAGUUUGAGAAUCACAAGUUGAGUGGUCGCAAAUGGGUUUUAUGUUGAACCAAAGGAAGGCUAUGAGCUUCACCCCCCACUCUAUUUGUAAGCGGCUGCUGCGGCCUCACCACUGUUGGAAACAGGAUCAUAAGGAGAAAACCCUGUCUUAUUUACACAUUUGGCUCCAGUUUGUUACCGUAAUUUUGGAUCUAAGUUAUGAACAGGCAUGUUUUCCUUUGUACCCGACUCUUUUGAUAGAUGGUGAAUAAAAGUUUGGGACAUUUGUGA